AUGUCUAAUAGUAAAACUUAUGCUGAUGAGUUUAUGACUCUUUUCGGCAGUGAUAUAUCUGACAAAAAAAGUACUAAAAGCUCUCCAAAAGAAACAAAUAUUACAUCUACUACGAUAUCGUCACUGGCUAACGAUACUAUAGAAAACUCACGUCAUGAGCCUCAUACAACUUCACGUAGCAAUAAUAUGAAUAAUGAUACUCCAAAUUUAAAUAUUAAUCAUCAAGUAGGGAGCAGCAGUAACUUAGCUAUGACUACACACAACAAUAAUAUCAAUAAUGAAACAUAUUCAGAAACUCCCAAUAUCCUAUUAGAACAAUUGGCGUAUGUGGAUAAUUUUUUACCUUCUAUUCAAUCAGAAUUUGAUGAUUUUUUAAAUGAUGAAAUUAGAAAUAAUCCACGAAAUCCUACAAAUCAAAUUUACAAUAAUUCUAAUGCAUCAAAUAUAGAUGCAAAUGUUUGGGGGCUUGAUGAAAGAUUAGCUAUUGAGUUGGGUGCCUUUGCUGAUGACUCGUUUAUUUUCCCAGAUGAAGAUAAACCUGAUGAUCCAAAUUGGAAUGAUUUUAAUAAUAAUAACAAUAAUAAUAACAAUAAUACUAAUAACACUAAUAAUACUUCCAAUAAUGAUGGUACUAGCAACAAUAAUAUUAACAAUGCUUCAGAUGAUAAUAAGCAUCCCAAUACUUCACAUUUUUUGACUCAAAGAAAAAAUACAUUUUUAACCUCUCAAUACAAUCAUUCUAAAUCGAGAUUCUCUUCCAAGAAUAGAAGGAAUAAUAAGAAUAAGAAUAACAAUAACAAUAACAAUAACAAUAACAAUAACAAUAACAAUAACAAUAACAAUAGCAAUAGCAAUAACAAUAACAAUAGCAAUAGCAAUAGCAAUAACAAUAGCACCUCACAUAGUCUUCCAAAUGUUAUAAAUAGGAUAGAUGAAUUGCAUGAAGAUGAUAAUGAAAACAUGGAUAUGAAUCAUAAUCAUCAGCAACUAUCGUCGGUUCAGACAAAUCCUGUCACCGCUAUGAAUUCCCACGCACAUUCACAUGCAGAUUCACCUAUAAAUAAUAGUGAUUUUACAAAUUUUGAUGUUUAUCCAUCGGUAGACCCUUUACAAUCCCAUUCAAGUGAUAAUAUAAUAAUACCAAAUAAUAAACCAAAUAAUACUACUUCAAUACGUCCAAACUCAACUUUAAUUAUGCCAAUGCCAGGUAAUAAUAGUCAAGCACAUGUUCAACGGCAACCUUCUAAUAGCGUAACAGAUAAUGAAAAUGAAAACGAAGAUUCUGAAAUCCAAUUGCCAGAUUAUUCAAAAAUACCUACAAAUUCAUUAGUAGCUAUGCUACCGAAAGUUAAAAUCCCUACAGGUGCAUUUCAAACUUUAAAAUCAGUGGGUUUUACAAUCGAUCAAAUUAAUGCUAUUUCUGUGAUUAUGGCAUAUCAUGAAAGAGAAAAAUUAAAAAAGAAAAAGCAACAACAAAAAGAACAGAUGUCUUCUGCUGAUAUAGAUUCAGAUAAUCAAUUGGAUAAUAAUGAAAAUACAAAUAACUUACAAAACGCCAAAAUCUUGUUACAAUUGUUAGCUAAUGGGAAACCAGACAAAAAGCAAAUUCCAACUAAUAUACAAGCAACAGCAGCUAUUAAUUCAAACCCUUUAUCUAAUUUCACUGACUCUGAAGCUGUAUUUAAUCUGGUUCAAAAUAUUCAAGAUAUAAGAAAUAUAGAUAAAAACAAAAAAAAUAAAGCUAAUGUUCACACUACUGCUAAUAUUAACUCUACUGCUAAUUUAGCCACAUGUCCAUCCCCAGCAUCUACUCAAUCAACGACUCCAACAAUAAAAAGAUCAUCAUCAGCCUCUAUACUAUUUUCAAAUUCUGAGCCAAUACCGAAACAAGAAGAUUCCGAUUCAAGUCCUCUUGACACUUCUGUAACUCAUACUAAUAAUACCAACACCACUAUCACUCACAGCAAUAAAAGAAAGGCUAGUAAAUCAAUUUCUUCUUCAGUGGCUUCAAAACCUUAUCAAAGAAGGAAACGAAGAGAACAAGAACUAGAAUCAUCAGUACAAGAAUUAUCGCAAUUAGCUGUAACUUUACAACAAAAAGUUCAUACUUUAGAAACUGAAAAUAAACUAUUAAGAAAAUUAGUUAUGGAAAGUGGUAAACUUGAAGGUACUGAAAAAGCUGAAAAUAUUAAAAGAGAUUUAUUAGCUAAGGUAAUUGAUGAUAAGCGAUGA